AUGACCGGACGACGCGACGACGACUACGACGACAACGACGACGACGAGUGCGCCAAAGCCCUCGGGCUUCACCCCUCGUCAGCUGUGCCCUCUGCAGCCAACGAUGCAGCCCGUCGUCCCGUUGUUACUCUGGCACGUUCGUCCCCCCCAAGACCCGAAGCACCCAAGCACAUCGACCUGAACCCUGCCGGCCUAGUCGCCCCGGCCUUUGCCCGACCGUGGUGGGACAUUCCACCGGCUGUCUUCCACUGCCACGUUGGGUGA